GGAAGAUUUGUAAUGGAUACUGCUUGUGUUGUUUUAUUUUUACAGGGUGUGCCGAUACGAAGGCCUGACUCUCCAACGGCUCACCUGUACAGCAAGAGCAAGAGCAAGAGCGAAUGUAAACAAACAAAAUCCCGGCUUCAAGGCGUCCACCUCCCAUACCAUCUUGCAAAUGUAUUGUGUCAGACUUCAAUCCACUGUAUAAGGGCCUGGAUGUAUCGGAGCAGCCCAACAGAAGCGGUGCCAGGAUGAGAUGGUCAUUACUUCAGGCGGUCUCCAAGCGGCAGUGUGCCUCGCGUUGGAAGACGUCCUGUUACCUACACAGCCCUAAGAAAUAUUACUCGGAAAAGAGGUUACCAGAGGAUUCUGCCGAUUACCAUAAGAGAUCUCCGCCAUGGAAUAUCAUGUUCUUUGGCACUGAUGACUUCUCUCUCAGGAGUCUGAAGGCACUGCACACCGCGCAACGGACAGGGGACUUGAUAAGAAGACUGGAUGUUGUUUCAGUGUUGCUGAAGAAGUCCACUCCAGCAGUGAGGCGAUAUUGUCAAAAAGAGGGACUGGAGGUGAUUGACUGGCCUGUGGUUGUGCCCCAAGGAGUGUAUGACAUUGGCAUUGUGGUGUCUUUUGGACACCUAAUCCCAGCAUCAGUCAUCAGUGCCUUCCCUAUGGGGAUCAUAAAUCUGCAUGGCUCCCUGCUGCCCCGGUGGAGAGGAGCAGCGCCAGUGAUCCACACCCUGCUGAACAAUGACCACCUCACGGGUAUUACCAUCAUGAGGAUUGCACCUCGUAGGUUUGAUGUGGGCCAUGUGGUGAGCAAGGUGGAGGUACAAGUGAAGUGGAACACAAAGUCUAAAGAACUUACAGCACAUCUGGCAGAAGUUGGAGCUCAGGAGUUAGUCUCUCUCCUCCCUAAUCUCCCAGAGCACCUCAACAAAGCUUACCCUCAAUCCUCAGAAGGUGUUACUAAAGCUCCAAAGGUUGACGAGAGAGCGUCAAGGGCCCAGUGGAGUGAGUGGUCCUGCAGCGAUGUUCAGGCCCGUUUUCGUGCACUGGACGACUACAUGCCAUUGUGGACGCUGUGGCAAGAGAAGCCUGCCAAACUAAGGAGUAUGGUGAUGCAGCAGGAAUGGUCCAUGAAGACUAAAGAUACAGAGACAGAUCUGCCAGCUGAAAGUGAUGGAAGUGAGAAGAAAAAUGGCACUCAAAAAUUGGUCACUGAUGAUAAAAAAGUGAAAAAUGGCAGUGCGGAUGCAAACAGUCCUAGAAACUAUGGUUGUGAUUCACUUGAUAAUCAGAGCCAAAAAAUGGAUGAGACAGAGGUACCAGGAAGAGUAGUGUACGACAGAAAACAAAGAGUAAUUAGGGUUCACUGCAGGGAUGGCUGGGUUGCCUUCCAACGUGUGAUCCUCAAAGGGCACAGACCAAUGACUGCUCAGGACUUUUAUAAUGGCUUCAUUACUAAAGUCCCUAAAGAUUCUCACAUGUUUACAUGAUCAC